GCGAGGGAGGAGAUUUGGUGUUUAGGCUAGCGGAUAAAGCUGCUGAAAAAAAAAUGGAUUGGGGAGCGAUUCUGGGGCUGAUCGUGGCGAUAGCCAUCCCAGUGGCCGGAGGAUUUGCGGGAGCGAAAUUUGGAGCUGGUGGUGACAGCCCUUGGUACAGGCAGCUCAACAAGCCUCCAUGGACGCCUCCGAGCUGGGUCUUUCCUGUAAUGUGGACAACUCUCUACAUUCUCAUGGGGAUCGCGUCCUGGCUUGUCUGGAAAGAUGGAGGUUUUAAGAGGCACGCGCUUCCUCUAGCCAUUUACAUCGUUCAGCUCAUACUAAACUUUGCAUGGACGCCAAUCUUUUUCGGCUACCAUCGAUUUGAUUUUGCAUUUGCUGAAAUAGUUCUGCUGUGGCUCGCCAUCCUUGCAACUAUUAUCCUCUUCUGGCCAGUGAGUCAUGCAGCUGCAUAUUUACUUAUACCAUACAUUCUCUGGGUGACACUGGCUGCAUCCAUCAAUCUCUACGUUUUGAUCUACAAUCCAUCAGAUGGGUUAACUCAGCCUCUUCAACAAUCUUACUAGAUCACAGCAUGAACACCAAGAAACUCACUAGAUCAAAACAUAAACAUCAAGAUGGACUCCUCUUUGUUAUUUCGUUUUCUGUUUUUUCUUGAGAAUAAUACUCGUCUGUGAAUCUUAAAUCUUAAA